GUUUGAAUUCGGCAUUGCUUCUCAACGCACAAGAGUACGCGAUCCCUGCGGUGAUAGCCAUAUUCCAAGUGUUCAUAGUUCUAAAUGUGUAGUCUCCCUUUUUUAUUGGCAGUAACAGCAAUAAAUAGAAUCAAUUAAACAGGCGUUGACAUAGUGCCACCGGUAUUAGUAGUAGUCUUGCUGUUAUUGAUUUCCUAAUAAUGUAAAAAAUAUACAAUAAACAAAAUUAAAGUUCUUAGAACAGUACCGGUACGCUUAGGUACACAUCCAUAUCAAAUUUGUUGUGGAGCAAUAAAAAGCAAACAAUAACACAUUUUUGUGUUGCCCCAAGUGUUGAGUGGACUUCAGUAAAGCUGUCGAAAUAAUUGCAUUAAAAUUUUAAAUUACUUGGCUGGUUAAAGUUGACUUCGAAUUCUUCAUAAGUAUACUCUUGUUUACCUAAAACAAUUGCAAACAUUGAGCAUUAGUUUUUUUUUUGAUAAUUUGUUUAUGCUUGGAUCAUUUGGUAAGUUAGUGAAGAAAUUACAAAAACAACGUCCAAAUUGCACAACACAAUGAAAUCGGUACAGUUUGCUUAUCGUUUAUUACCCGGUCUUAAGUGGCUGAAGGGCUAUACAGGCCAAGAUGCGGUUUCGGAUUUGAUAGCUGGUGUAACGGUGGGCCUUACAGUGUUGCCACAGGGUUUAGCAUAUGCCACCUUGGCCGGUUUGGAUCCACAGUAUGGCUUGUACUCUGCCUUUGUUGGUGGCAUUAUUUAUGCUUUGAUAGGUAGCUGCCGUCAGGUAACUAUUGGUCCAACUGCCUUAUUGGCUUUGAUGACUAGUCGUCAUACUGGAUUUGGUUUAGAAUCUGGUCCUGCAUACGCCAUCCUGUUGUGUCUUAUUUCGGGCAUUGUGGAAAUGCUUAUGGCUGUUUUAAGACUGGGCGCACUUGUUGAUUUGAUUUCUUUACCCGUUACUGUUGGAUUUACUUCUGCUACUGCUGUUAUAAUCGGAACCUCCCAAUUAAAGGGUCUUUUGGGUUUACGUGGUGGUUCUGGUUCUGGUUUCGUCAACACCAUGAAAUCAGUUUUUCUUAAUUUGGAUAAAGUUCGGUACGGAGACUAUAGCCUUGGCCUGGCAGCUAUUGUAAUUUUAUUAUUAUUACGGAAAUUAAAAGACUUGAAACUUUCAAACGCCAACAAAUUCGUUAAAAGUUUCUUAUGGAUUGUGGCCACCGGUCGCAAUGCUUUAAUUGUUCUAAUAAGCAGCGUAAUAGCCUAUAAAACCUGUCAGAGUAGUGACAAUUGUCCUUUUAUACUAACGGGUAAAGUGAAAAGCGGUUUGCCGGAUAUGCAAUUGCCUAAAUUCGAAACCGACAUACUAAGUUCCAAUGGCACUGAGGUUCAUCAAAAUUAUGCCAAUAUGCUGGGUGAAUUGGGUCCAUCUAUGAUAAUAUUACCCAUUAUAGCUGUUUUGGGCAAUGUGGCCAUUUCUAAAGCUUUUGGAGGAGCUGGACUCUCUCCCACGCGUGAAUUGGUGGCCUUAUCUUUGAGCAACAUAUGCGGUGCGUUCUUCUCUUCGAUACCUGUAACGGGAUCUUUUUCACGCAGUGCUGUGAAUCAUGCCAGUGGUGUGAGGACACCCAUUGGAGGAUUUUAUACCAGUGCUUUGGUGUUGUUAGCCUUAGGCUUAUUGGCCCCCUAUUUUCAGUAUAUUCCCAAGGCCUCAUUGAGUGCUGUGAUAAUAUCGGCGGUAAUAUUUAUGAUCGAAUUUGAGGUUAUAAAACCUUUGUGGCGUUGCAGUCGCCGUGAGCUUUUGCCAGGAGCCAUUACUUUUAUAAUGAGCUUGGCCAUAGGUGUUGAAAUUGGUCUACUUUUGGGUGUGGGUACGGAUGUAGCUUUUCUGGUGUAUAGAGUGGCAAGACCUGUAUUAGGUGUCAGCAAGCUGAGUACCACUCAUGGCAUUUCCUAUAUUCUAAUAAGGCCCAAGCAUAGCUCUCUAUAUUUCCCCGCCAUAGAAUGGGUACGUUCUGGUAUCUCAAAAUCUCUGGAAACUCACGGAUCGGCUCCUGUUAUUCUGGAUUGCUCCAAUGUUCAUGAAUUCGAUUUUACCGCUGCCAGAGGCAUGGGUGCCUUAAAUAAGGAAUUGAGCAGUAUGAACGUACCUUUGUUUCUAUUAAAAGCCUCCAAAGAAAUUAUUGUCAUUCUUAAGGAAUCAACAAAUGCCGACAUACACACCCUGGAUAAUCCAGACGAUUUGGAAUCUCUGCUAGAACAAGUUCCUGACUAUGAACCCUAUCUGCAAGUGAUGGUACCACUUGUGACAAAAUUACCCAACAGUUAUACGGAUCUAGAACAUGACAAAAGGAAUUGAAUGAUCCUUAGAUAAGAAGCACAUUUAGUUUAAUUCAUCAAACAAAACCCUUAAAAACAACCUAACAAUAAAUGCUGUUUUAAGUAUUUUUUGUAAUUAUAAACCAUACAUCCGUAGAUGUAGAUCUAUGAACCAUGUGUAAAUUAAAUAAAUUAUAUUUAUAUAAACUUGAUGUACUUUAUAUAAAAAAUGUUACUUGAGAAAUGAAAGACCCCAAUAAUAAAACACAAUAAUCCAAUAACUUA